CCUUCUCCCUCCCAUUCCCAGAACCCCCCCCCUCCCGCCCUGUGCCAGCAGCUCCGGGGACCCCUGCCUCCCGGUCUCCCACCCCCACCACGUCGCUCUGGGUCUCUCUGGCUGGGCCGGGAACUUCCCACCUCGGGACCGGGAUUCCUGCUCACAAAGCCGGGCCAGCUUGGCUGCUGCCGGACACAUGUCCAGGACCCGGGGCUGAGCGGUUGUGCCUUCCUUACAUACUGCGCCAGGGACUCCGCCAUCAAAGCUCAGACGGCCUUGCACGAACAGAAGACCCUGCCGGGGAUGGCGCGCCCGAUCCAGGUGAAGCCGGCGGACAGUGAGAGCCGUGGAGGGGACCGGAAGCUGUUCGUGGGCAUGCUCAACAAGCAGCAGUCGGAGGAAGACGUGCUCAGGCUCUUCCAGCCCUUUGGCGUCAUCGACGAAUGCACAGUGCUGCGCGGACCCGACGGGAGCAGCAAAGGCUGUGCCUUCGUGAAGUUUUCCUCCCACACAGAGGCCCAGGCGGCCAUCCACGCCCUGCAUGGCAGCCAGACCAUGCCGGGGGCGUCCUCCAGCCUGGUGGUCAAGUUCGCCGACACGGACAAAGAGCGGACUCUGAGGCGCAUGCAGCAGAUGGUCGGCCAGCUGGGCAUCCUGACGCCGUCCCUCACCCUGCCCUUCAGCCCCUACAGUGCCUACGCCCAGGCUCUCAUGCAGCAGCAGACGACGGUGUUGUCCACCUCCGGCAGCUACCUGAGCCCGGGCGUGGCCUUCCCCCCCUGCCACAUCCAGCAGAUCGGCGCCGUCAGUCUUAACGGUCUGCCCGCCACGCCCAUCGCCCCCACCUCCGGGUUGCACUCGCCCCCACUGCUGGGCACCGCCGCCGUCCCUGGCCUGGUGGCGCCCAUUCCCAAUGGCUUCCCAGGAGUCCUGCCCUUCCCUGGGAGCCACCCUGCCCUGGAGACUGUGUACGCCAAUGGCCUCGUCCCCUACCCAGCCCAGAGCCCCACUGUGGCCGAGACCCUGCACCCCGCCUUCUCCGGAGUCCAGCAGUACACAGCCAUGUACCCCACCGCGGCUCUCGCGCCCGUGGCGCACGGCGUCCCGCAGCCUCCGCACCUCCUGCAGCAGCAGCGCGAAGGUCCCGAAGGCUGUAACCUGUUUAUCUACCACCUCCCCCAGGAGUUUGGAGACACGGAGCUGACCCAGAUGUUCCUCCCCUUCGGCAAUAUCAUCUCCUCCAAGGUGUUUAUGGAUCGGGCUACCAACCAGAGCAAGUGUUUCGGAUUCGUGAGCUUUGACCACCCGGCCAGCGCGCAGGCGGCCAUCCAGGCCAUGAACGGCUUUCAGAUCGGAAUGAAGAGGCUGAAGGUGCAGCUGAAGAGACCCAAAGACCCGGGACACCCGUACUGACCACGCCCACAGCCCCUCCGCUGUGGGCCUGGCCCCAGGUGAGCCGCCAGGCGGCCCUGCCCUGCCCAGCCCCGGUGCCCUGCCCAGCCCCGGUGCCCUGCCCGGCCCCGGUGCCCUGCCCAGCCCCGGUGCCCUGCCCAGCCCCGGUGUCGUCCACCCCCCUCCCCUCCCAAGCCCACGCUCCGCACCCCGGGGCGAUGCUCCAGGAAGCCAGUGGGGACAAACCCCUCCCCAUCGCCUUCGGCUGGGGUGGCAUGGAGGGUGGGGUUCGGGUGGAGGAGGUGGAGAGAAAGCUAGGCGCUCCGCCGGGGGGGGGGGGGGGGGGCUUCCCAGCUCAGCAGAAGUGGGCGUGUGGGUCUGGUGCGGGUGUGAUGGGCAGGGCUUCUAGCCAAUCCCGUGAAGCCGUCCCCUCGGGAAGCCUCAAAGAUGUCAGCACACGUCCCAGGUCUGGGUCCCUGCAGCUGGAACCUGGACUACCCAGUUAAGCUUGGCCCAGAACUGAAGCGGAGGAGAUGGGAGCCCGUCACAGCCUUCCGGUCCCCCACCUCCGUCCCCACCGGCUCCCGUGCACCCCGAGAGCCCUGUCUUCACAAAACCCAGAGCGCAUGCCACUCACAAUCUCGCAAAACAAACAAGAAGCCAGAGAUACCCAAAACAAGCAAAAAAACAAAAACCCAAAUGUCGAUCCCAUCCAACCACAUUCACAGCACUCUCUUUGGAAUGGAACUGAUUUUAAAGGUGGAAUCAACUGCCCACGGCCUCGUGGGAGGGACAGCUCGGCCACCCGGCUGCCACCACCCACGGAGAGCCCAGAAAUACUUUUGAUUUUUCCCCUUUUCUUUCUUUUUUCUUCUUUUCCUUCCUUCCUUCCUUCCCUCCCUCCCUCCCUCCCUCCCUCCCUCCCUCCCUCCCUUUUCUGAUCACCUGAGGGCCCAGGGUCUGGUGGAGGUCAGCAGUGUCGAGUCCUUCCGCGUUUUUUGUUUGUCAUCUGGGUGUUAUUUAUUUUGGUUUCAAUGAGGAAACCUGCCAAUCAGGAACAAAGCCCCAGCACAUCCGCCAGGAGUUCACUUUUAGCCCAGUGUCCUGGGGAUCUCUGCUCUGGGCUGGGGAGGAGCCGGUCUAUAAAUGUCCCCAAACUGAUGGUGACUGCCAGGAACUGUGGGUCUGAAAACACGGGGUUUUCUUACCAGGACAAACGUGAAGUGGGGCAGGGUGUUCUGUGACGCACGCCCCUCCCUUCCUCUGCUCCCUAAUGCCCCCCCAUCCUCCCUGGGGUGAGUGGUCCCCACUUCCAACCACCCCAGGACUUUUUUGUAAAUUACAGCCAAGUUUGGACACCAGCCCUCCUAGUGACCCCCCUGCCCCAUCUGCCCCCCCACGCAGGCCCCCCCAAUUCCAAAGCCACUGAGAGCCACAUGGGGCAUAGAAUGCUCCGUGGUGUGUGGGGGGGGGGAGGGGGGCAGGAGUCUGAGCCCAGGUCUGAGGGGUCCCUACACUGCCAAUCACCACCUGCCCCUCGACUUGGGGACACCCCCUGUCGGCCUCGGAGACUCCCCGGGCCAGCCAGGACCCCCGUAGCCCGCACCCCACUGCCCGACCCCCGUAGCCGCGCCGGAGCGCGCGUCAUAGACUAUGUAUUUUUGGAGUAUGAAACGCAGGGGCCAAACGGUGGCUCCGAGCCGGCCACUCCCCGGGACCAAGGACUGCCGAGGCCGGCUGGAGGCCGCCCCCCGCCGGACGCCACACCAGGACCCCGCCAACACCAUAUACCUCCAGUUCCUGGGGUCCCCACGGCUGCUGCCGCUGCCCGCGUCCAGGGCGCCCCCUCCCCCUCCCGCUUUCACAGCCUUACUUGGGUGACCAGGUGUCCUUAGCUUCCCUCGGGGAAGCCUCCCGCCCCCCCCCCACUGUCCCCAGGUGCCCCCCACUGCCCCUCAGGUAUCCCCGGGUGUCCCCCCACCGUCCCCAGAUGUCCCUCCCCCACCCCCGCCGUCCUCCAAUCACCAGCCUUGAACUGAAGGUCUCUACCGAGGUCGCCACACCGACCCGGUUGCCGACGCCGCCACCGCGGACUCCGCACGCUGAUACUUUUCUUUCCUUUUCAUCUGUGGUCUUUUUUCCCGGACCACAAGGCAGGGCGGGGGUGGGGGGUUCACUGAUCAUCCGCUUCUGUUUCCUAGCCGGGGUUGGGAGGACUGAGGUGGGGGGCCGCCCCUGUACAUUACCCCUGCCCACGCGCCCACCGCAAAGCACAGAGUCGUUAGUUUGGACACCCCCACCCCCCGGGGGAGCGGGGUCCGGAUCCCUUCUGACGAGUCCAAAAGCAAAACAAAAGAGACACAAAACAUUUUUAAGGUUUAAGAAAGUGCAAAAACAGAUUUUUUAGAAAUCCCUUUUCGUUUCUACCGACACGUUUGUUGACUGCUUCAAAACAGAGGGGGAAAAAAGUCCAAAAGAAAGAGAGAGAGAGAGAGAGAGUAAAAACCCCACCGGAUCCCGCCCGCCCGCCUUGUCCGCGUCCCCCGUUCUGAACAUUCCCACGGUGAGGCUGUGUCCGUCCAGCGCGAGCGCGUGUGCGCCCCGUCGGUCGGUCGCGUGGCCCCGGGUCGCCCGCCGAGUGCGUGCUGGCGUGCGCGCCGUCUAGUUCAUGUUUACGAGCUGUAAAUACCAUUUUUAUACUCCACUCGAGAAACCCUAUGUGAUUUGUACGACGGGCUUUAUUUCUGCUACGACGAAUUUCGUGAAAUUUCAACUUCAAACUGAAUGUUGGAGACAGCAGAGAGGGUGGGGACGGUGGGGCGCGGGGAGGGAAGGUGGGCGCUAGUCCCCUGCCUCCGGUUCGCGUGCGUGCGGAGGAGCGAGCGUCUCAGCGCCAAAUCACCUUUCUUUGGUCUGGAAGGGAAAAAACCGAAAAGUUUAUUUAAUAAAAGUUUUACUUGUUAACAGCGA